GCCUGUGUGAUUAAAUCGUUCAGUGCGGAGCUGCUGUGAAGGUGAAGGAAAGAUGGCGGCCGGACCCGGAGCGGCCAGCAGUGGUCACAGCGGUGGCCGCGGCUCUUCGGCCGCUUUGGAGUCAUCGCUUGACCGCCGAUUUCAAGGAGUAACCAACACGAUGGAGUCCAUACAGGGAUUAUCCUCGUGGUGCAUCGAGAAUAAGAAACAUCACAGUCUCAUAGUGCGCUACUGGAUGAGGUGGCUGAAGAAAUCGGAUGUCAAUCACAGACUGAAUCUCUUCUACCUCGCAAACGAUGUCAUUCAGAACUGCAAGAGAAAAAACGCUGUUGUUUACCGAACAACCUUUGCUGACGUUCUGCCAGACGCCGCCCUGCUGGUCAAGGAUGCUAAAGUGUCUAAGUCAGUGGACAGGAUCUUCAGUAUUUGGCAGGAGAGGAACGUUUAUCCUGAGGAGUUGAUCUCCGAGCUGAAGGCCAACCUGCAGAAGAAGGAAAAAGAGAAAGAGAAAGAGCAACCUGCACCUGCUUCUGCCCCAGUUAACCCCAAAACUGCCCUGAAGUCAAAAAUCGUUGCAGAGUUUGUUCCACCUGAUUUUAUCGAGAGGUUGGCAUCACACAAGCGUUCCCUGGAGGAGAGUGAUUUGAGAGAGAAGCAGUUAGCUUCUCUAAGAGUGGACGUCUGCAGCACUGAGGCCCUCAAGAGACUGAAAGAUAAAGCAGGAGGGAAUAAAUUCUCAAAGGACUUUGAGGAAGGCAGCACAAAACUGCAGGAAUUUGUGACGUUUCUUGAGGGCCAGAUGAAGGCAGGGCCACCGCUGCUGGAUGCGCUGGGGAAUGCAGAUAUCUUUUAUGAAAUGCAAUAUAAAGAAGUCAAAAUUGUCGCCAACGCUUAUAAGGCUUUCGCCAAUCGUGUCUCUGGUCUGAAGCGUAAACUGGAUGCUCUAAAGACUACACUGCCAAGUCUGGAUGACUCUCCCAUGCCAUCCCCCUCUGAGGACGCCCCGUCUCCCACCGGCUCAGAGUCGCCAUUCCACGGCAUGAGCUCCAGGAGCGGCGCUGGUACCGUGGUUGGAGAAGGAGUAAGAGUGUUGGAGCAGCAGAGGGACAACAUAGAUAUUGAGGACAUGGACAUGUCUGAGGAAGAGGAAACUACAGCAAACACUGGAAUCAUUGUUGAUGAGAAGAAGGAGAAACUAUCUGUGAAAAUAUCUACUUCAAAGAUAAUAAAUGCUGAAGCCACAAAAAGUCUUCCGAUUACCCCUUCCAAACAACCUCAAACUUUAGCAACUCCCACAAAGACAAUAUCUGGGUCGGUAACCAAUAAGACGCCAAGUGCAAAUACCACACCCAGCACACCUGGGCCUGCCCCAGUGGUUAGCCCCUCCCCCCUGCAGGUAAACCUGGCCAAUGUGGAUCUGGGCAAGAUCAGCUCCAUUCUGAGCUCCCUCUCCAAUGCAAUGAAAACAACUGGUGUCAGUCCAGUGUCUCGUCCCUCCCCUGGCACACCCACCACACCAUCCAGCCAUGCGUCCUCUUCAAAAGCCCUUCCUUCAACCCCAGGUGGAAUUCCCUCAUCCAAUCCCUUAGCAAGCAUCCUCUCUAAAGUGGAUAUUUCUCCAGGGAGCAUCUUGAAUGCUCUCACUAAAACACAGACUCACAGCUCCAACCGGCAGGGUUUAUCUUCACUCUUUUCCUCAGCUCGUUCAGCCUCUCUAAACACCCCAGACCCUCUCCCCUCUUCAUCCACCUCAUCAUCCUCUUCAGCUGCCACAGUGACCUCCACCACAACUACCCCAACACAGAAGCCCACAGACAUCAAUUUCAAGCUUGAAUCUGAGCCAGAGAAAGGAACAGAGUGGGAAAAAGUGAAAGAAAAGAAAAGAGAAAAGGAGAGAGAACAAGAAAGAAAAGAAAAAGAGAAACCAAGUGCAAGAGAGACAGCAGUCUCUGCUCCAACAGUGCCUAGCUUGGAGUCUAAGAUCAACAGUUUCCUUCAGGGAAAUCCUGGUUUUAGCGCUCUUGGACUUGGCUUGGAUGAUGUGGGCAGCAAUAGCCCACUUCUCGUUGGUGGGGAUAACCUGGACGGCACCCCUGUCCGCGAUGAAAGCGGUAGCACCCCCACCCAAGAUGAAAUGAUGGACACGCCCCAUGUCCUCAGUGAUCCUCAGAGCGCAAGUUUGCCUGGAGGUCAUGAUCUUUCCCCUACAGCCUAUCACAGCGAUCCCUGGGAUGCUGUUAUCACUCCACGGGAGGUUUUGGGCGAAAAUGAGCGGAAAGACAGGGAUUACCGCACACCACCCUCCUCCAGACUUGCUGUCUUCAGCCCAAAUGCUGCUAAUAAAGUAAAGUCCACGAACAAAACCAAAGAGGACGAAGGGCUGAAGAGAAAUGUAGUGGGACUAAACCUUCCACCAGCUUCUAUGUUGCAAGAUCAGAAAGUAAAGGGAAAGAUGGAUGGAACAGCUUCCCGCAAACCAAGUAAUGGUGAGGAUGAGAUGGAGAAGAAAGGCUGUGCUGAUAAAAAAGAGCACUACCAUCGCAUUGAGACUCUUGUUUCUCCAGCCUCCAAUGAGGGGGCACCAGUCGAGACCCUUGAUUAUGGCAACCGCAUCCAGACGGUGGAAAGCAUCCGCGUGAUUGAAAGAGGUUCGAGGAGAGGGAGCAGUUCUGGUGCUAGAGUGGGUGGAACCUGGUAUGAAGAGGAGGAGUUUUUGGAAGCAACACCUCCACAUCGCUCUGACAGCCAUGGCUCUGAAAGUUCUGAUGAGUUAGGAUUGGCCCCUCCUCUUCCUUCUCAUCCUCCUCCUCCUCCAUCUCAUCUUCCACCCUCAUUGCAGUACCCACCUCCACCUUAUGCUAAUAAGGACCCCAUUCGUCCUUCUCAUACUCAUGCCAUUCCUCAGCACCAUCCUCCCUCUCCAUUCUUUUCCUCUCCUUCCAUUCCUCCUAUUCCACCGCCACCACUUCCACCAAUCCCACAAGUCCCACCCCCUCCCAGGGACUUCCCCCUCUCCCCAACCUCCACCGUCAUGGUCGGGGGUGUCCUUGUACCCAUAGAUCGUGUCUUACCCUUUCCUCCUGCCAACCUCCGUCCAGAUGGAGUUGGCCAGGGGGUUGCCAGCAGUGGUAGUGUCCCUCCAAGGGGUAACAAACCCCAACUCCCUUCCUUGUUAGGAGAACCCCCACGCCCAGGUACAGUAAAAGAGCAGUUUACCCUGCACCACGCCCCACCUCUUCAUCGUCCUGGAACCCUGGGAGUUCCCCCACCACUCCUAGGCAGAGUUCGAGAGGGCCCCAGCCCACCUUCACCCUCUACCCCAACCACACCUACUCCUCCCUCUCCAGUCGGAGAACCUCGUCCUCUCCUUUCUAUGCCCAACCGCUUACCCACCAACACCCCAAAUCAGAGACCCCGCCGCCCACCCUCUCCUCAGUCCCUCCUCCACUUACCAAACCAGCAUCACACAUUCCGUUCCCCUCAUUUUCCCAGAGGGUCUUUGCCCCUACCACAGUCCUCUCUUAACCGUGAUUCCUUCCUGCCAGGGGGAAAGCGUCCUGCCGCCAAUUUCAAUAGUGGCCCUUUUAACCAAUCCAAAAGACCGUACUUGCCCCAUCGUUAUUAGUGGCUUAGAAUGAGUGCUAAACACAAUCUACACAACCUUACAUGGGUAGUGUAGUAUAAGCUAGCAUAUCCUGCAGAUUGCAGUGUGAGACUUAAACUGCAUGUAAAUAAACAUGCACCAACACACCCUGGCCAAGAGCCUUCACAUGUUACAGCAUUUUCCUUGUGUAGUGGAAGAAAGGUUUCCUAAUAGCCUAGAGAUGAACUAGGAGGAGGAGAAUAUGAAGAUCCAGAAUCAUCUGUGGAAUAUGAAGGAAAUCAAAAGGUGGUUAUCUUAUUCAAUUCCACGUGGUGUAAUUUGAGAGAAUGGUUGUGGUGUUUAUGGGUGUGUAUGGUCAGAUAACUUUUCUCUGACAAUGUGUAAAUAAUGUUAACUAUUCUUUCUUUCCAUUAACUGUCUUUCCUUCACUUAAUGACCCUAUAACACUUGCCUUUCUGUUGUUUACAAUGUAAAACACAGAAAACGUUUUUUUUUCUUCUGUUUGACCUCUGUUAAUCUCUCACUGUGAGCAAGAGCCAGUGAAUUCCCAUUUUUCUUUUUCCUGAGUGAUUAAAUUAUUGUCUUUAGACUAAAUAUAGGGCAACCAUGAUGGCUUGUAGUGAUCUUUAUCCUUCAUAAAGCAAACAUGCAGCCAUUUUGUCAGUCCUCACCAAGAUGUGAAGAUUUUGGCAGAGUUUUCGUACAGUUAAAGCUACAAAUGAAUGGCAUAGCUACUUGGUUGUUGUUUUUUUCAGUGUGCUUUUCAAGAGUUCUUUUCCAAGUUUCUGAGUUUCAGUAGAGUUCCUAUAUGUAUCCUUCUUAAUAAAAGCAUUCAUUGUGAUAAGAAGCAUAAAGAAGGAAGAAGACUGUCUUUACAGGAGGUGUCCUACUUUAUUCAUAACAAAUGUAUCUUUUUUUUGUUUUCCUGUUAAGUCUUGAGUUGUUGAGAUGUGUUCCAUAAUCUUGCAGACCUAGCAAGUGAUAGAAAAUUUCAAUUUGGUUUUAUUUAUUCAAUUUUCUCCCGUUUCAUACCUUGUUCAUCUUAAAUGGUGUCACUCCACUCUCUUCAAUUGAAUUGGCAAGACCGCUAAAACAUUAUCUUGUACAAAUGAGUGAAAUUGAAGUUUGUGUCUGUGAGUAUUCUAGCCAUGCAUUGCAUCUUUAUAUUGUGAUGUCACUUUUGCAAUGUUUGUAAAGCUAAAGCAUAUAGGACAUCCUGCAAUGUAGAUACACUACUUUCAAGCCAAGAGUGAAUUGUCCCAGUCAAAAUGAGAAUAUCAUCUGUACAAUGUUGUAGUACUUAUGCAUUGUGUAAGAAAAAAAAUAGUUCUUUGCCUAAAAUGCUGAACUGUU